AUGGCUUUUGAGCAGAGGAAGUCUGUUGCUGCAGCAGCCGUGGCAGAUUGUUAUGGUAGCAAGUACAGCAGCCCUUCCAAAAGGGAUCUCCUGGUGCGUUCCAAAAGAAGAUGGGUCUUAUCUACAAUUGAAUUAGAAGAAGAAAAGGAUGCACAGUACCCCGAAGAGAUUUCAAAGAUGUAUAACGACAAGACUCAGGGGAAAGACUUUAAGUUCCGUUUAAGUGGUGACGGUGUGCCGGACGUGUUUACCAUCAAUGAAACCACUGGAGCCGUCUUUGCAAAUAAAAAAGUGGACAGGGAGCAAAAGAAACUUUACCAUAUUAACUUUGAUGUCUUGGACAGAAAUACGGGUGAAAAACUAGACAAGGAACUAGCAUUUGAUGUUGAAAUACAAGACAUAAAUGAUAAUCCACCCAAGUUCUCUCCUCCUCAAGUAACAGUUAAUGUAAAAGAAAAUAUACAAGGAAGUGUUUUGCCAGUUACCCUGAAGGUCACAGACAUAGAUAAGGAGAACACACCCAACUCUAAAUUUGACAUCACGAUGGUUUCACAGACUCCAGCAGAGCCCAAAAUUGGUGUGGAGCAGCUUCAAGAAGGACUGGCCAGACUCACCUUAAAAGGAUGCUUUGACUAUGAUAAAGCAACAAAGUAUACCAUCGUCUUACAAGCAAAAGAUCAUGGAACAAAGCCAAAGACUCAGUCCUCUACUGCUGUUGUUACCCUGAACAUUGACGAUGCAAACACUCACCAACCAAGAUUUAAGGAGAGACAGUACAAUGGUGAAGCAAUAGAAAUGGAGACCAUUGCUAAUGUUUUGAGAGUUGCUGUGGAGGAUAAAGACACUCCGAAAACUGAUGCAUGGCGUGCCAAGUACUCCAUUAUUGCAGGGAAUGAAGAAGGAAUCUACAAAAUUGAAACUGAUCCAGAAACAAAUGAGGGUGUCCUGAGUAUUGUCAAGAAAAAAAAUUUUCAACACACAACUUCAAUAAACCUGCAGAUUGGAGUAAAAAACAUUGAAGACAUAUUUGUUUGUGCUGGCACAAAUCCACCUACAGACAGAGCCAGUGUCACUCUAAAAAUGAUUGAUACCAACGAUCCACCAGAGUUUGAAAAAGCUAUAGAUGACAUACACCUGAAGGAGGAAGCAGAGCCAGGAAAGGUGCUGUUCAAGCCAAAGGUUCAAGAUGUCGACUCUAAUAUUACCAGGUAUGAGCUCCAAACAGAUCCAGCUGACUGGGUGGCCAUUGAUAGCAAAACAGGAGAAAUCAAAUCAACUAAGAGGAUGGACAGAGAGUCACGAUUUGUUGAUGACAAGAAUGUUUACACAGUCGUCAUAGCUGCCAUAGAUGAUGGUCAGCCUCCAGCCACGAGCACAUGCACUGUCAGGAUCCACCUGACGGACAUCAAUGACAAUACUCCUAAACUGGUCAACAACAGCGCUGUCAUGUGUGGAAACAAGGUUAACAAGAUCAAGGUUCCUGCAAAGGACCUAGAUGCCAAUCCUUACAGUGGACCCUUCCACUUUUCUCUGGGGGAUGAAACACAAAAGCAACAGUGGAAAAUAGAACCUGACUAUGGUGAGGAAGUAUCUCUUGUUAGCCAGAAGACACUUCCUUAUCUUAACUAUUCCAUUCCCCUGGUGAUUAUGGACCAACAGGGCAUAGCUGGACAUGACACUCUGCAAUUGACCGUGUGUCAAUGUGAUGAAAAUGAUGUUUGUCGCGGCAGAGAGCCGCUUUCAACCCGUCUUGGAUCAGUUGGCAUUGGGUUGGUUAUUGCAGGAUUGCUUGCAUUUUUGUUGCUUUUAAUUGCAUCAUUCUGCAAGUUUGGACCAGAUAAGAUUGAGAUUUUGCCAAAAGAUGAGGGCAAUCAGACUCUAAUCCAGUACAAUCAAGAAGGAGGGGGCUCUCCAUGCAUGACCGAGCCCAAUUUCUUCCAGUCACAAGUAGAUAAUAUGGUAGUGACAAAUGGUCAGAUGGAUACCAUGCAGUUCCAGUCGCUAGGCAUGCAUCAACAAGAAACCUACAGGAGCCAUGGCAUGGGAAGCAUGGCCGGCUCAUCAAUUUACCAACGUUCUUUAAGCCUUCGAUCGGCUGACCGCAUUGAAGACCAUAUCAACAGGGUAACCAACGGUAUUACCCAUGGUUAUGCUGAGCCGAGCAUAGCUCUCGAGUAUGAAGACCAGCUGAACUUCUUUUUUGUUUCUUUCCUACAGUUCCAGUCGCUAGGCAUGCAUCAACAAGAAACCUACAGGAGCCAUGGCAUGGGAAGCAUGAGGAUGAACUCUACGUGGAAAUCAAACAGAACGAACACCUAUCGGGCCGGCUCAUCAAUUUACCAACGUUCUUUAAGCCUUCGAUCGGCUGACCGCAUUGAAGACCAUAUCAACAGGAGAUGUAACGAGGUUGAUGGAAAUGUUGUUGACCACCCGGCAUACCAACCCCACAGCUAUGCCUUUGAAGGAGAUGGCAGCAUAUGUCAGUCAUUGGAUAAACUGUCAUUCCACGACAUGGGAGAGGAUUUUAAGUAUCUGGAUGAUUUGGGGCCAAAGUUCAAGACUUUGGGACAGAUGUAUGAUGAGGCAAUUAAAAAAAAGAAAGUACAGCUUUAAAAGGCACUGCUGAAAUGUAAAUUGUAUUCCAAGUUUCGCUCCCUAAAAUACAGACUGAGCAGAGAUGAUACACCACUAUGUUUUAAUAUUUGUACUUAAAGAUUAUGGACUAUAACAUCGAAUUCAUCCUAAGCCAGGUAUAUUUUGUUGGCAUUAAGAUGGAUUUAACGCACUGCACAGCUGGUGACGCACUAGUGGUUUGUGAAAUGUAAUAACUUGAAAGGGAUUAGGUGAUUUUUCUUGUUUUUUUAGUUUGCUUUGUCAGGGCAGUAUUAUUGGGAAAUUUAACAGAACUUCUUUUGUUGAAACUGAGAUGACUCCUGUUAGUCACAUUUUUCUAGAGUACUGUUUUGUAAAGGAGUUCUGAUGAGAACACAGGGCUUAUCAUAAUGGGUUAUUGUUCAUGCAAGUUAGAAAUGUCCUUGGCUUAUGGUUGAUGAUCGAGUGACAUACUGGUCUGGAAUUAACACCGGAUAUCCUACAAGAUUAAAACGUUAAUGUUAAUGUUUAGUUUUUGUAUUUGCAUUUCAUGAUACAAAAAUAACAAACUUUAUUCCUAUAACACCUUUCUAAACCAGUCACAAGGUUCUUUAAAUACUUUACAAAAAUAACACAUUUUUAUAAAAUACAUAAUAAAAUGAAUGACAUAAAAAAAAUUAAAAAUGAAAUUAAAAAACAAACAAAAAAAGCAAGAUACAUCAGGAAAUGUUAUUUUUAGAAGAGCAAGUGUAUACAGGUAUAUUUUUUGAGUUUACUGGAUGGUUGGACUGAUUAAGCUGAUCUAACAGUAACAGACUUGUUCCGGGGGCUAAAACAAUAAAAGCACUGAUUUUAAGUGAUUUACAAGUAAUAUAGAAAAAUUUGAAACUGUAUGGAAUAGAGAGCAAAUGUGCAUAUUUGUAAAAAAAAAAAAAUGUUUUCUUUGUUAGGAAUUAAAAUAAAGAUUGUAGUUUUUGGGCUGAAAUACUUCAACUUUU